CAAUUAGCCGCCCAACCCGAUUUCCUGAAUCAGAUGCGAGUCAUGGCUCGAAGCAUCGCAUGCCUGGCACGAGUCCAGGCAGAUCAGUAUGACUUCAGCAGGAGUCAAGAUAUAGYUGUGCGCUCGAUACGAUUGGGCUUUAGGGACUUUGCUCGUGAACUGGUAGGCGCCGUUGGGGCUGAGGUGGGUCAUCGCCUCGAUAAGACUGAGCGGUUCUGUACUGGCGCCAUUGAAGGCGUCAAGGCGGCAGCCCCCAAGGAAGAGGAACCACGCCCGCCACGUAGAGAGCCGAUCAAGGUCAAAUUCCCRGAUUCCUAUAGUGGGAAGAGGGAAGAGAACUUUGAUAAUUGGGAGGCCAACGUUAAGACCUAUGUGCAUUUGCAGCAGGUCUCCCUAGAUCAGCAGGUCUUGAUUGCGAUCCACGCGCUUAAAGAUGAGGCCGCCAGUUUUGCAAGGUCCUUGGUUCGUGCCAAUAACUGUAGCGACGAUCCCGUUGCCUACUCCUCGUUUACCUCCCUCACCGAAUUCCUGAAGCUGCUGCGUGAGCGAUUUGCUGAUGUCGCCCGCAGUGUCAAGGCUUCAGAUAAGCUCCAAACCAUCCACGUGCGUAAAUGGAAGAGUGCUAGAGCACUCAAGGGUACGAUGGAUGAGUUUGGUGGCCGUCCCUGAUCAUAAGGUCACAGAAGCCCAACUGGUCAAUCUCUUUUACCGGGCCAUGCCCGAAGCCUUGCGAGGGCAUUUCUUCGCAAAGAGCGAAGACCCUGCCACUACGUACGAUUCUCUUAGUCGA